CAGAUAAAAAUAAAAAUGAUAAAGGAUUAUUUGAUAAACUUAAAGAACAAGAUCCAAAAAUUCUUUGGAUUGGAUGUGCCGAUUCUCGUGUUUCACCUGAACUUAUCACUCAGUCAGGAUUUGGAAAAUUAUUUGUGCAUCGUAAUAUAGCAAAUCAAUUCAAAUCCGAUGACACCAAUUGCAUGUCAGUGUUAGAAUAUUCUGUCAAAGUUUUGGAAGUUUGUCACAUUGUUGUUUGUGGUAAAUCUUAA